AGCAUUCCGACUUUCUUCCCUCUCGUCGCAGCCUUUUAACUCUGUUCAUUUGAGUUUGGCACACCCCUCGAUUCAACAUGCCUACCAGAGAACACAAGAACCGAAAGAAGCGUGGACACGUUUCCGCUGGUCACGGUCGUAUUGGAAAGCACCGUAAGCACCCCGGUGGUCGUGGUCUUGCCGGUGGUCAGCACCACCACCGCAUCAACAUGGACAAGUACCAUCCCGGCUACUUCGGUAAGGUCGGUAUGCGAUACUUCCACAAGACCCUGAACAAGUUCCACCGCCCCGCCAUCAACCUGGACAAGCUCUGGACUCUUGUUCCUGAGGAGGUCAAGGCCAGCGGUCAGGUCCCCGUCAUCGAUACUCUUCGUGCUGGUUAUGGCAAGGUUCUUGGCAACGGUCGUCUCCCCGAGCAGCCCCUCAUCGUCAAGGCCCGCUUUGUCUCUCGACGAGCUGAGGAGAAGAUUGUCGCCAAGGGUGGCAAGGUCGAGCUCAUUGCUUAAAUGCUCUCACUCCAAUAAACGAACGAGGCUUUUAGUGCUUGAA